UAGCCGGACUUCAUCAUAACGACAGGAAGCUGUGGCCUGUGGUGUGAUGCUGCUGCUCUUCAGUCAGUCAGUCAGCAUGGACUUCACAACACUGUGCACUGUUGUUGGUGGUCCAGUGAUCCUGGAGAGUCCUGCUGUCCCUGUGAUGGAGGGAGACGCUGUGACUCUGAGCUGCAGAACCAAGUCGACCUUCUCCUCCAACAACAUCUCAGCAGAUUUCUAUAAAGACGGCCUCUUCAUCAGCAGCAGCUCUACAGGAGAGAUGACCAUCCACAGUGUUUCUACAUCUGAUGAAGGACUCUACAAGUGUAACGUCUCUGGAGGUGGAGAAUCUCCAGACGGCUGGUUGGCUGUCAGAGCAGGACAUCCUGAGCCGCCGAACUCCCCCCUCACACACAUUCUACUUCCUGUGGUGGGCGUCGACCUCUGGCUGGUCUGUGUGAUGCUGCUCUGCCUCUGGAGGAGCCACAAAGAUGAAAUUGAUCCUUCGGUUGUCUUGUACACUGAUGUCACCAGCUCAUGGAAACAAAAAGGAGGCGCUGACAACGACUGUGUGCUAACUCCGUGCUCUAUUAUUAGCAACUUCAGGAUGGCCUCUGGUGGGCCCGAGCCGGCCGUAGCCCGAGCUGCAGUGGUUCAGCCGGUGCAUCCGGCUCAGGUGGGUGUGCAGCCGGGGCCUCCAGCUGUGCCUCAGGCUGUGCCUCCGGAAUGUCCCAGUCAGCGUCUGCAUGACGCUGCUCGAUUGCAGCGGCCUGCUCAGAGUCAGAUGGCGCCGCCACCUUCCUAA